AUGAAAACAAUAGAAAAGAUAAAGCGUUUGAAACAGGCAGAACUCCGAGAACGCAUGGAGGCUGUCAAACUCGGUAUUCCUGAGAAGGGCAAAUCGACAGAUAAGCUCAUUCGUUUGACAGAGUGUUCCCUUACUGACCUUCAAGCGAAAAUCAAGAAUAAAGCGAUUACUCCCUUGGAACUUCUUCAUGCAUUUCAACUAAAAGCUGUGCAACUAUACGAGAAGGGUAAUUCUGGUAUAUGUGAAUUCAUCCAGGAAGCCAAACAACAAGCCUCGCAAUUGACCGAAAACCCUCCGGCGGAAAAGUCAGAGUUGUUUGGCAUUCCCAUCAGCAUCAAAGAAUUGUGCUGCGUUCGUGGAUACGACGCAACAUUCGGGCUGUGGAAAUACUGCAACCUGUGGUGUGGUUCAGCGACGUCCCAGCUAGCCUUCACAACAAGUGGGUUCAAUCCUGUCUUCGGGGAUAUGAAUAAUCCUUAUUCGGACAAACAUGAGCCAGGGGGGAGCUCAAAUGGUGAGGCCGUAUUGUUGGCUCAAAAUGGAUCACCGGUGGGAAUCGGAAGCGAUAUUGCUGGAAGUAUCCGUAUUCCAAGCACACUUUGUGGACUAACCGGUUUAAAGCCAACUGCAGGGCGGAUAAGCACUGUCGGUUUGAAAGCCAUAACACCGCAGACAACAGUUGCAAUUAAAAUCUGUAUUGGUCCAAUGGGGAAGCGUGUAGAUGACCUUGCCAAAGUUAUGCGCACGCUUUUGUCUCCAAGCAUGUAUGAAUUGGAUCCAACGCUCCCUGUAUUACCAUUUAAUGAAUCCAUGUACACUGGAACUGAUAAGCCGAAUCUCGUAAUUGGUUACUAUGAUACUAUUGAUGAUCCCGAUAUAAUUCAAACCGUUCCUUCCGUUCGUAGAGUGGUUAGACAAGCUGUGCGGAUACUGAGUGAGCGUGGACAUCACUUGGUACCAUUCUCUCCACCAAAGCCUUUAUGGGCACUGGAGCUGGGAAUAAGAUCGUGUGGCACUGAUGGAGGCCAAGCCUUAGUUGAUGCCCUCAAAGAUGAACAGCUGAAUGAAGCUUCGAAAUCCAUCAAACAAAUAGUUGCUGUGCCGUAUACUCUGACUUCCGUUGCUGAUACCCUUUUGAGGAAGUUUAUAGGAAAGCCAGCUGCAAUUUGCAAAUUAGCCCGAAGAUUUCGUAAGGUCGCUGACCUGACGUGGCAUCUGCAGCACUGGGAAAAAUAUGGGAGAGAGUUCGCAAAGGCCUGGAAAGAAGCAGGAGAUCUUGAUGCCCUCAUUUGUCCAGGGUGGGCUUAUCCGGCUCAGAAUGUUGCAACUCCACCCCACUUCAUCACUCCAUCAGUUAUAUAUACUCUUCUCUUCAAUGUGGUUGACUAUCCAGCUGGAGCGGUUCCAAUGGGGAAAGUCACAGCGGAAGAUCUAGAUCAGGCAAAAGAGGCGGCCGAACAAUUCAAGAAGUCCGGUGACGCAUACCAUGAGCAACUGAUGCUCAUGCAGGCAGAUACUAAUGGAUUACCUUUAGGAGUUCAGGUCGUUGCGAAGCCGUUCCGUGAGGAGCUCGUACUGCGUAUAAUGUCUGAACUGGAAGCUGGUGGGCUCGAACAAAUGACACCCAAUAGCACCGUUUCAGACUCACAUUAA